AGCCUCAGCUGAAGAUCUCCCGGGUCCAUUUCCAACAUCCCCAUUUGCUCAGCCAUGCGCUCUCUCUCACUGUACCUCCAUUUUUUCCAACCCAGCAGCCCUCUGCCUGACCGCAGCGCCUAUCCUUCCACAGGACAAAGCCUCUCUGUGGCUCAGGGCCACUUACCAGCCAGCCCUAGAAUGGAGAAAGGAAGCCCAGGUGUUGCCAGGAAUAACUGGAGCAGCUCUCCACCCAGGAAUGAUCCUCUGAGACUUGUUGGGAUAAGCCCCUUUCUUGAUUCUUCAGAAAUUGUCCUGGAUAGUCCCCCAAAGAGAGAUGAGAAGAAGAUGAAAGCUGCUCGGCUCAAAUUUGACUUCCAGGCAGAGUCGCCAAAGGAACUGACUUUGCAGAAGGGUGACAUUGUCUACAUUCACAAGGAAGUGGAUAGAAACUGGCUGGAAGGAGAACACCAUGGCAGGGUGGGCAUUUUCCCUACCAACUAUGUGGAGAUAUCCUAUUUAUAGCCCUGGGGCUCCAGUCUGUGCCGUAGCUGAAGAACGCUAUAGCCCCGUCCCCUAGGAGGAGGUCGUGUGCCUGAGGAUUUGCACUCACUACUCGUUGGUUUGCCCAACCCACGAGGACUUAGGAGCAGCCUUGUUCAAAGAUGUAAAUCUCCCAGUGGGGUAUUCGGUUAACUUUGAUUAAGAAACAGAUCUCCCUACACCUUUGAGAAAGGGGCCUGUUGUGCCUUUAGGGCAGCAGGUUUAAGGAGAAAUGUUUGUGAGGAGGAUAAGUUAGAUUCUUCAGGGGAGCAAACUCUUACCUGGCAGAAUGUCUGGCUUUAAUAAUUACUUUAAUGUGUAAUGUACUUUAUUCUGUUUUAUGUAUUUAUAUUUUGUAAUGACUUUGGCUUGACUGACUGAAUAAAUGAUGAAUGAAAUGUUG